GCCCUUGAAGGUACCCUCUUCCAAGUUCAGGGUCCAAAGUUUACUAAGCUCUCCCUUUUGAGCACGCAGSGAUUACAUAUUAUCGUUAGAUUGUUAAAAUGGCCGAUCGUGAGUAUGCUAUCGUUGUGUUUGGGGCGAGUGGAUUUACGGGCCAAUAUGUGGUACGUGAAGUAGCGAAAAACAACUCGAAACGACAAUUGAAAUGGGCUGUCGCUGGUCGAAACAAGGAAAAAAUGACACAAAUAUUGGCAGAAACAGCUAAAGAGAUAGGGCGUGAUCUCACUGAGGAAGCACACAUUCUUGUUGCAAAUUGUAAUGAUGAAGAUUCACUUAAUGAAAUGUGUUCCAGAUCCAAGUUGAUACUAAACUGUGUUGGACCUUACCGUUUCUAUGGUGAAGCUGUUGUCAAGGCUGCAGUACAAAACAAGUGUCAUCAUAUUGAUAUCAGUGGCGAGCCAGAGUUCCUAGAAAGCAUGCAGUUGAAGUACCAUGACCAGGCAGUUCAAAACAAUGUGCAUAUUGUUGGUACAUGUGGAUUUGAUAGUAUCCCUGCCGACAUGGGAACAGUAUUUGCUAUUGAGCAAUUUCCAGGUAAACUGUGUCAUUUGGAAAGCUUCCUGGCAUUUGAUGCACCAAAGGGAUUUGUUGGACAUUAYGGCACAUACCAUUCMAUUAUCUAUGGUAUUGCCAGUGAUUUUGAGGGAAACCUGAAAAGAAUUCGUCRUCAAUUAUUUCCAAGUCGCMUGCCAACCUUUGGUCCUAAGCUCAAAAAGAGAGGUGCAGUAUUCUAUAGUAAUGAAAUGAGCAAGUGGUGUAUUCCAUUCAUGGGUUCUGAUGCAUCUGUUGUGCGACGGUCUCARCGACAUCGUGCUGAGGUUGUAAAGGAGGAUYCUAUCCAAUAUGGUGCCUAUGCMGUGCAGUCUUCUUUGUUUUCUAUYAUCAUGCUUAUGAUUUUUGGUUCUAUUUUUGCUUUGCUGUGUCGCUUCAAAUGGGGAAGAAGUUUGCUGGAAAAGCAUCCAAAGUUCUUUACUCUUGGUAUGUUCUCCCAUGAGGGGCCAACUAGGGAACAGAUGGACAACACAUCAUUCUCCAUGACUUUCUAUGGCUCUGGUUAUGGCAGAGGUGUGUCCACAGUGGARUCUGUUCCAACUCAGCUUGACAGUCAGAUAGUAUCCAAGGUUACAGGACCUGAGCCUGGGUACACAGCCACACCCAUAUGUAUGGURCAAGCUGCCUUGACUUUGCUUGAAGAAAAACUCCCUAACAAGGGAGGAGUUCUAACUCCGGCAGCAGCUUUCUCAGGAACAACRCUGAUUGACAGACUAAAUGCUAAUGGCGUCAAGUUCUCUGUCGUCAGUACUACAUUAGCUGAGUAGUAAAACGUCAUGAUACCAUGUGUGAUGAUAAUAAUUAUGACAUUACACCAUGUGAAAAUGUUUCAGACUAAGUUGUUUAAUAAUGAUAGCAUUCCUAAUCAAAGUUCUGCAAACACAAAAUCUCCAUAUAAAAUGAAUAGCAAUGUUUAAUAAAUCUUGUAAGAAAUCGCA